CCCCAAGACUCCGAGCAAGAAGAUGAUGAUGGCUCACUUCGGCCCAUGUCAUAUACGUUCUCCUUGAGUAAAAAUUAUGUUCGUGAUUGGAGCAACCAAGAUGCCUUUCGCGAGUUGUAUCAGAACUGGAAGGACGGCAUCCUCGCUUCAUUCCAUUUGAAUCAACGCGACUUCCGACCAGAGAUUCAGCAGAAGCGAACGGUGAUCAGAAUUUGUCUAUAUCAUCCACAUAACAUGCAAGAUGGAACCAGAGAGCUAUUGGGCUAUAUUAUCUGGAGGGAGAGAUAUGGUGGCAUUGAACUGGCCAAUUUUGAUGCGCGAUUGACCUCCCAAGACCUAGACAUUGGAGGGACGACUAAGCACGGCGACAAUGGCUCGUUGGCUGGCCAGCAUGGAGAGGGUCUCAAGAUUGCUGCUCUGGUCCUUCGUCGCGAAGGAUUCCGUGUCCAUUUGGCUGCGAGCAAGUACAAGUUCAACUUUGGGUUCAGAGGCAAAGGCAAGUCUCGGAUGUACUGCAAGCUCUCGCCUAUUCCACCGGCCACCUUGACCAGGAAGAAGGCGAACUGUCGUCGUCUUUACACAAAUGGCAAGCCUGGGGGCCUGGCAAGUGACCCUGCAAGAGACGUAUCCGUUUUCAUUACGAAAGGACGCGGCGCAACUGGGGUGAAAGUGACUCUGGACAAAUUUCAGCAGUGGAGACGUGUGGCCUUGGAGCUGGACAUGCCACCUUCCGAGAGUAUCAUCCAAACUGAACAUGGAGACCUUAUCCUAGACCGCGAGAAGUACCACAACCCAAGGGAGUUCUGGUACGGUUACAAUCUCAUGGCUGAGGAAAUCAACCGUGAACGCCAGAGCCUAGCGAGUCCAGAGGAAGAGGCCUUGUUAGUGACAAAAAUUUGGGCGUCUGCCAUUGAGAAUGGUGGGCCAAGCAUUGUUGAGAAAUAUACAGACUUGCUGAACAAGCACUAUGAUUGUGCGGACGUUUCCAUGGCAGAUAAAAAGGCAUCGAAAGCCACGGCACUAGCUAUUUGGGCACGGCUUGUUGAGAAUGGCCGCGGAAAGUUCUACUAUGGCCUCGGAUUGAAUGAGACACAGGACUCGAAGAUAAUCACUACAAGUCUUCGAAGAGAACCGGCUGGCCUAUCGAAAAAGCUUUGGAAUCUCUUGUCACGAUACAGUCUUGUGCGAACCCCUAACGAACAGAGAGCACUUCUUUUCGAAAACUCGCAACGCUCAUCGCUGCAACCAACCCAAUUUUCAAAACAUGUACAGCGCGGACUAGCAGGCUGCUUGGCAUUGUGUUCGCAAACUCACAAUCUGUCCGUAGAAUACGUAUCUGGAGGAGACACCGAUGUUGCCAUUCUCUUCAACCCAGACACUCGCUGUCUCAAAAUACAUGAGAAAUACCUGAGACCCGACACAGCUCACGAGUUGGCACCUUGCCUCGCUUACACGAUGGGCCGCGCGAAUCAUGAGGAUUCGCCGUCAUUCUUCUGCGAUCAUAUCGUCGAGGAGCUUUAU